AGGAAAUCAAAAACGUCCAGCAGCGGCUUCUGCGAUAAAGCCCCACCUCUGAAGGUGGAUGUGACCAGUGGACACAGGAUCCGCCAGUAAAUCCAGGCUUUGGAGUAACGUUACAGCUGAUAAUAUGGGGCUGCUAUCUGACCCAAACAGAAGACGGGCUUUGAUCAGCAUGCUGACUCGCCUCAAUGCCCCAAUCUGUGUGGUCUGCUACUUUGCCGGUGUGGCUUGGUUCAUGGGUUUGGCCUUUGAGCCGUUCACUCUGCGGACAUACAUGUCAGAGAAUGCCAUGGGCUCUACCAUGGUGGAGGAGCGCUUUCCAGCUGGGGAGAGAGCGCUGGCCACAGGGAGGGAGUUUGCAGCCCAUAAGAAGAAAGUUGGUGGGAUGCCAGUGGACUGGCUCGUGAAGAAUAUGCAGGAUCGAGGACUGGAAGUGUUUACUCAGAGCUUCUCUCGCACACUACCCUUCCCUGAUGAAAACAAAGAGAGAUAUAUUGUAAAAGGCACAAAUGUAUAUGGUAUCCUUCGAGCUCCUAGAGCUCCACGAACUGAAGCCUUGGUGCUGAGUGCUCCCUGCAGCCCAGGUGAUAACAACAACCAGGCUGUGGGACUGCUUCUCGGCUUGGCUCAGUACUUCAGAAAUCAGAUUUACUGGGCCAAGGACAUCAUCUUCCUUGUCAAUGAGCAUGAUUUGAUUGGUAUGCAGGCCUGGUUGGAGGGCUACCAUCACACCAACACUACAGGUAUGUCGUGGUCUCCAUUACAAGGCCGUGGUGGAUCAAUCCAGGCAGCACUGUCCCUGGAGCUUAGCAGUGAUGUCAUCACCAGUUUGGACCUGGUACUGGAAGGCCUCAAUGGCCAGUUACCCAACCUGGACUUAGCAAACCUUUUCUAUGCCUUUUGUCAGAAGAUAGGAGUUCUUUGCACCAUCCAGGGCAAGCUGCAAAGGAACGAUUGGGAUAGCGUGUCAGGGUACAGCCACGCAGUCCAGACUAUGAUGCUGAUGGUGAUGAAGCAGGCCAGUGGGCGGCCCUGGGGAGACCACGGCCUGUUUCUGCGCUACCACAUCGAAGCUGCAACCAUCAAGGGUGUCAACAGCUUCCGGCAGUACAAGACUGACGCCACUACCAUCGGCAGGCUGCUGGAAGGAAUGUAUCGUAAGCUGAAUAACCUCCUGGAGCGCCUGCACCAGUCUUAUUUCUUCUACCUCAUGCCGUCACUCUCUCACUUUGUCUCCAUUGGAUACUACAUGCCAGCCUUCGGCCUGCUCGCCGUUAUUCUGCUGCUUCGUGCAUUAGACUUGUGGGUUCAACUCAAUACUCCACCAUCGACAACAGAGGAUGGAGUUGCUGACAUUGAUCAGCAGUCCAGUCCAGGAGUGCUGUCGGUGUUGACUCCUCUGGUGAUCAGCCACCUGACAGGAGUUGCUCUGUACGCGUUGCCGAUCCGUUUUCAGGAGACUGCUGUCGAACAUUUCCCUGUGUCUGAGACCGAGGCUGUGGUCCUGACGGCAAUUGCUAUUUACACAGCAGGCCUGGCGUUGCCGCAUAACACACACAGACUGCUGUCGGGGGAGGGCACAGAGCAGGGCUGGAGAGUGCUGAAGCUCGUCGCGGUGCUGUACCUGGCUGUGCUGCUGGGCUGCACUGCCCUCAUCAACUUCUCCUUAGGCUUCAUUCUGGCUCUCACUCUGGUGCCCUUAGCUGCCUUUGUCACACCCCACGUUCCAAAGGUUUUGUCAGCGUUCAUCUUGGUCAUCCUCAGCCCAGCUUGCACGCUCCUGUUUUCAGUCUUUUUCUUUCAAGAGCUGCAAGACAUGCCUGUCAGCUUCCAAGAUGGCUGGUUGCUGUUUCUAUCAGUCAUUUCACAGGGGAUCCUGGACCACUCCCUGUACGGAUCUUUAGUCUACCCACUCAUAGCGUUGCUGGUUUUUCCAUGCUGGCUGCUUUUCUGGAACAUCCUCUUCUGGAAGUAGCCCACAGGUCCACUGAAGGGUCUCGUGAGUGCGACCGCCCUCUAAAAUGUACUCAGGUCUGUCAUUGCUGGGUGAAUGUGAAGAAUUACCAGUUGAAUCCACUGGAGAGGAAAAAACAAUGUACUGUAGUUGCCUUGGAGAAGACGCAGCAACUCCAACUCCAUGUUUGGACAUUUGGUUAUUACGUUUACUCAAAAUAUUUCAGUCUUUAAACAUCAGAGGCAUUUCUGAGUCACCAAAAACUAUUUGAAAGUGAGCAAAAUGAACUGAUUUCUACUUAACAUCAGUCUCAGAAUCACACAGUAUAGCUGCAUGAAGGGAAUGAGUUUUUCCCAAUAACUAUAAAAGUCACGGUUGGGUUGAUUUGUGUAAAAGGAGAUUUUGAUUAAAGACUUUUUUGGGGAUUUCUUCUAAAGGUUUUUUGGGGGGAUACAUAAAGAACAAUACUGUUUUUUUUAUUAAUCAUACAGGAUGCUAAACAUUGACUCGGUACCAACAUAUAAAACAGCGAUAUAAUGGUAGAAACCAUUUUGGCCAUCUGCCUCUUUUUAAAAUGUUUGUCUGCAUUGGAACAAGCCAUCACUACAUCUAAUAUUUUUAUACUUGUUGAAACUUUGGUUUGUGUUUAUUUCAUAUUUAUGGCUGCCAAAAAUAAAAUACAUUUU